AUGGUUUUCAAUCCAGCGGUUCGAGUGGCUUUCGCCUCCCAACAAGAAUACAUUCCCGUCGGCGCAUUAAAAUAUGGGAAUGAUUCCUACUACGUCGGCAGGUCCAUGUAUUCUGUCGUGUUCGAGUUCAACGAGGUUCCAACACAGAUGGGCCUCAAAGGAACAGCAAUUGAAGGAACCGUUGGCAUCGCAUUCAUCAUGUUCAUCCUUGUGUUUUUCCUUUGCCUGAGCUUUUUGCGCCACAUCAGGAUCAGACGGCAACUCCGCGUCAGACUUGAUCCAGUUGAGGGCACUGUGAACAACAUCCGCCCACCUCCACCAGCUUAUGAUUCUCUCCACGCUGGUAGUGGGCGCCGGUAUUUCUGGCUUUGGUCGCAACAGCGCAAUGAGCUUGGUACCCCCGAUCCCUCUAACACCGCUAUCGAAAGAAUUCGUGACCCAUUCAUCUUCGACAACAGCCCUCCAAACUCACCAACGUCGGAAGAGUCUAUCCUACCCCCAUACUGUCAAGCCGAUCCCCAUGGAUUGCCUAGUUACGAGAGCAUUGUCUGCGCGGAUAUGGAAGACAGAUUACUGGGUGCUCGGUCUACUUUAGCAACGCAUGUGCCGGGCAGAACCCGUGGAGACGCUUGUUCACGUCUGGCCGCGAGGGAGAGGCAGGGAGAAACCGUCGUCCUUGGGGGGGAGACAUCGCCCAGCGAAGCAUGA